CAGCCUUGGGUUUGGUUAACACCUCAAACGCUUGCAAAAUGCUAAAGGAAAAUACUUUAUUUUGGCAUCUAUGUGAAGAACAACACGUCCUUAUAAACUCUGUAUAACAUUUUAGGUUCACAAUGGAUGAAGAAGCAAAGAUGCGAACCAGAUGUCAUCUUUUGGACUUGCCCUGGGAGGAUGUACUUGUUCCACAUAUUUUGUGCUAUUUGCCGCUGCAACACCUUGUCAGCCUGCAGAGGGUGAGCAAGCAGUUCCACAGCCUCAUCCAGAUGUAUUUGGCCAACUGCAGGACCUUUGAUCUGUCCUCGAUUGGACCAUCCAUUCCCAAGGAAGCGUUUUGCUCCAUUUUGAAGGACAACAAACUUCUCCACAACCUGUCACUCCAGAACUGUUCAGCCUGGGUGACAGACAAGGAGCUGCUGCCAGUUAUCGGCCAGAACCAACACCUGCAGAGAGUGGACAUGAGCGGAUGUGUUUGGCUCACCCGUCACUCGCUGGUGGCCGUGUCCUUGAGCUGCAUGCACCUCCAGAACCUCGGCCUGGCGCACUGCGAGUGGGUGGACAGCCUGUCCCUGCGCAGCCUGGCUGACCACUGCAGGGGGCUGCAGUCCAUUGACCUCACCGCCUGCCGCCAGCUCAAAGACGACGCCAUCUGCUACCUGGCCAAGAAGUGUUUGAAGUUGAGGUCUCUAUCUUGUGCAGUCAACGCCAACGUUACUGACGAGUCGGUGGAGGAGGUGGCCAAAAACUGCAGGGGCCUGGAGCAGCUGGACCUGACAGGCUGCCUGCGGGUCAGGAACCAGUCCAUCAGGACUCUUGCAGAGUACUGCCCGAAGCUGCAGUCCUUGAAGGUGAAUCACUGUCACAAUGUGACAGAGUCAAGCCUGGAUCCUCUACGGAAGCGCAAUGUAGUGAUAGAUGUUGAGCCUCCUUUACAGAGGGCUCUGGUGCUUCUUCAGGAUGUGCUGGGGUUUGCUCCUUUUAUCAAUCUCCAGAUAUAGCCAAAGUGCCAUCUAUCAGGUGUACGUGAGUUGCUCUCACGUCAAGACAAUUCAAGAAGACCUGGAUGUUUUUACACUCAAGUUUAAAAAUAAUGUUGACAAAAAUACUCACUGGAGUGUGAUCAAAAAUGCAUAUUUAAGAUGAAACUGAAAACAAGUUUGCAUUUGCAAAUGACUGAAGAAAGCCAUGUACUUUUAAGAAUUGCUGCCUCAUGUCCAAAAGAUGUCACUGCACUAUUUGGCAAUCAUUCAGUGUUGUAAUAAUUGUGUCUAUUUAAGUACAUACAAUUAAGUAAAGUGUAUAGUUUUGUUGUUUUUUUAACAAACUACAUACUUUACUUUGUAUGUAUGACACUUUAAGAAACAUUUAAUCUUAUGUUUCAUUUAGAAACAUUAAAAAAAACGUUUGAGUUUAAUUAAACAUUUCAUUUUGCAUGUAUGUGCCAGUUUAAAGGAUAAAUUCACCUAAAUCAUGCAAAAACAUUUUAUCUCACUUGCGCCUUCAUGUGUCCAGGUUUUUUUGUGUGUCUCCACUACUGAGACUUCUGCUUUCACCAAAAUACAAUGAAGGUGAAUGCAAUUUUGUUAGUGGUGCUUAGGCAUGGGCCGGUUACCGGUUUCAAGGUAUACCGUGGUUUGAAAAAGUUUCAAAACCACUGAACUUUUCUGUCAAACCGUUCCUAAGGUAUGAACUGUUUUUUUGUGAGUGGGCAAGGACAUAAAGUGCAGUUUAGAAAUCCCUCUCCCUGCCAGUGUGCAGUGGGUUAAAUACAUUGUGUUCAAUGGAAAAAAAGUUUUUUAUUACCCAGACAUAAAAAAAAACAAAAACAUUUUAAAGCUGUAAUUGCAAUACAGUGAAACCGUGAUAUUUUCCCUGAAGAUUAUCAUGCCGUCAGAAUCUUAUACCGGCCCAUGCCUAGUGGUGCUGACCAUGUGUAUUCCAGAAAUGAUGUCCCGGCUCCUCAGGAUAAUCCAGACCUCACUGUCAACCGUGUUUUAACUGCUUCCAAAUAAAAACUGUUGACAAGCUUUGUUGCUUACAGAAACCCCAAAACGAUCUGCAUGCAGCUAGAUGCCAUGCAGAGCUUGAACAUGUUUAUACAUUUUCUUGUGACGUGGGUGAAGCAACCCUUAAUCCAUAGUGAUUACUUGUAUAGCCUGGUAUUUGUUUGAAAUAAGUAUAGGAAUUUAUUAUGAUCCAUUAAACCCUUGAAAUUAGCUUUGUAAAAAGUACCUGGAAAAUGCUGUUGCCCAGUAAUACAGUAUAUAAAUUAUAUAUAAAAUAUUAAAUUGCGAAAUACCUUCAGAAACGACUGUUUUCUACUCUAUACAUUUAAAUAGUUUUUAUUCAAGGUAACAAGUGAUGAAUAUGAGCCUUAAAGACAGUAAAAUAGUACUCUUCAAGUACAUGUAACAUGGUUUUUAGCAAAUUAAGAGGCAAAGUUGAUUUUUCCACGUACAUUGACAGAGUUUUAAAUGAUUAAAAACAAUGGCAAGGGCCUACUUUUUUAUUUUAUUUUAGCCUCUUAAUGAAAAUAAGACCAAUUUGGCCCAUAUCUGUAACCUAAUGUGAGUAACAGGAUCCCUUUAAUUCCUAUAAUUUUCUUGAUUGUCAAGCAUAAGAGGGUAAGGAAAAAAGCAUGUGGUGGAGUUAAAGAUAGGGUUCACCUCUUGAAUGCAAAACUGUUUUGUGACACAAGGUGGCAGCAAUGAGUCAGGAUAUGUGUCUGUUUUAAUUCUGUUGUUUGAGAUGCUGCAUGACUUACUGACUAAACUACAGUACAUUCAGAAACCAUUGUGAAAGUCUACAAUGUUAAAUAUGUCAGAACACAGUGUCAGGUGUAAAUAAAAAGACAGGAAUCUCUUCCUCUAAGA